AGACUUGGGUAAGGUUAAGGACAAGGAUAUGGGUGCUAAGGAAAAAUCCUUGAAGAAAAACUCCAUGGGUGGCUCUAUGGAUGAAGCCAUGACGAAGAAGAGGCAAGGCCAAACCUAUGGAGGCAUCAUGAUUGGUGGCGCUAAUGGAAGAGGCCAAAUGGCUUUGAGCAAGGGUAAAGCCGAGACGAUGCUAGUUGGGAACUAA